AUGUUGUUCAAGCAAUCACUCAUUACUCUCGUUGCCUCGGCUCUCCUCCACACUGCAACCGCAGUCCCCGUCGAAGCCACGCCUUUUGAAGCCGAGAUCACAAAGCGUGGGCCCAACGAAGGUGUCUACCUGUCGAACUGCCAAGGCGGUGCUACCUGGAGCGAAAUUGUCUAUUACUCCAACGCCAAGUCGGGCUCUCAGCACGGCGAGCAGCCACAGGCUAUUGAUAUCAUUAAUGCGUCGGGAACUAUCCACUGGGAAGGAUCGCAGAUAUGCGGUUUCUUCCAAGACAGUGGCGAGACGUUUUGUGUCACUAUCCAAUCAGAUGCGCAGACCAAGGCCACCGGGGCAAAGGUUGGGACUGGUCAUAACAACGAGACACCUUUCAACUGCUUCAAGGACAACAACCGUAACUUGUACAGCGGAAACGGUUUCAGCUGCCAGAGUAUCUACUACUGCUUCGACGUGAGCAUAAUGGUUGGCGGCCAUCGAACAGGAGGUGGUCUAGCUAUAGGGGUAGUUAAUGCUGGGGUUUAG